AUGUUGGAAAUUGAGAGGAAAGUUGACUGUUUAUAUGAUUUAACGCAUAAAAUCUACAACUCGCUCAACAAGCCGACUAUCAGAAACGCCGAUUCAGAACAAUUAUACAACUCCGAUGUCCUAAACAACGAUAAUCAAACAGAAAACUCAUCUCGCUCUGAAUAUUAUGACUUGUCUAUGGAUCUGGAAGGCGUUAAACUUGAUGUUGUAAUUAAUCAAUCUAAGCUUUCAAACAGUAUCUCAAUAAACCAAAAAGAUACUAGCCAAAACACUGAAGCGAUCAAUCAACUCAGAGACCAAUUGUCUACUAUGCAAAGCAGAAUUGUUGCAUUAGAAGCCAAACUAGAUAAUCCCCUACCAAAGAAAUUAACAACGAAUGAGAAUUCCCCGGAGAACAAUGAGAGCAAGACUGCCUCGCCACCAACAUAA